AUGGAUACCUAUUUGUAUCGCUUCAUGUUCGUGCGCUUCCUUUUUCUUCUCUCAAUAUUGUUCUUUGUUUUACUCACUGCCUCUCUGUCUUCUCUGCAGCCACUUUGUCAUGAUGAUGAGAGAUCUGCCUUGUUGCAAUUCAAGGAUAGUUUUAUCCUAAACAAGUCUGCUUCUGAUAAUCCUUUUGGGUAUUCUAAGGAUGUUGCAUCAUGGAGUCUAGAAGGAGGGAAUAGUGAUUGCUGCUCAUGGGACGGGGUUGAGUGCAAUGAGGAGACAGGUCAUGUCAUUGGCCUUGAGCUCACUAGCAGCUUUCUCUAUGGUUCUAUUACUUCCAGCAAUAGCCUCUUCCGCCUUCGUCAACUUGAAAGGCUUAAUCUUGCACAUAACAACUUCAAUGGCUCUCAAAUCCCAUUUAGAGUUGGCGAUCUUUUGAGGCUAACCUAUCUUAACCUCUCCUACUCUGUGUUUUCAGGACAAAUCCCCUCAGAGCUUUCACAUCUCUCCAAGUUGUCUUCCAUCGAUCUGUCUGGUAAUUAUGGUUUAUAUACUCUAAGUGACUUGAACAAUCUAGUUCAAAACUUCACUACCCUGGAAGACCUUUUACUCACUGACAUCAAUAUUUCGUCCCCUGUUCCUAAAAGUUUGGAGAAUUUGUCUUCUUUGACAACUCUAAAUCUAGAAAAUUGUGAAUUGCAUGGGGAAUUCCCAACAAGAAUUUUUCAGCUACCAAACCUACGGGAACUUAGGAUAGGAGGGAAUUCGAAUCUCACUGGUCAUUUGCCCGAAUUUCACUCUAAUAGUUUUCUUGAGGUUUUGGAACUCGACUACACAAGUUUUUAUGGUAAACUACCAACUUCAAUUGGAAACCUAAGUUCUUUACAUGUUCUAAAUUUUGGAGGUAGCCGUUUCUCUGGAUCUAUCCCAACAAGAAUUUUUCAGCUACCAAACCUACGGGAACUUAGGAUAGGAGGGAAUUCGAAUCUCACUGGUCAUUUGCCCGAAUUUCACUCUAAUAGUUCUCUUGAGGUUUUGGUGCUCUACGAAACAAGUUUUUAUGGUAAAUUACCGACUUCAAUCGGAAACCUAAGGUUUUUACGUGUUUUAGAUUUUCUAGAUAACCAUUUCUCUGGAUCUAUCCCACCUUCACUGAGUAAUCUCACCCAACUCACUUAUCUAGUUAUGUCAAAGAACACUCUUACAAGCCACAUCCCUUCUUCCUUGUUUGCUAACUUGACUCAACUAACUUUGUUAGACCUUUCAUACAAUAACUUGAGUGGAACGCUGGAGUUUGACAUGUUUCCUAAGACCAAAAGUUUAAGUGUGCUUCUGCUAUCAUCCAACAAUUUUACAUGGCAAACCAAGGCCAAUUCAAAUGACACUCUUCCACAGUUGGAUACUCUAAGAUUGGAUUCUUGCAACUUACAUAAGUUCCCUGAUUUUCUACGCAACCAAAACAAAUUGAGUGUUCUUGAUCUAAGUAGCAACAAUCUCCAAGGCCCAAUACCCAAAUGGUUGUAUAAUACUAGUAUAGAAGCUCUUCAUUUUCUAAUCCUUUCUGACAAUCUUCUAAUAGGCUUUGAACAAUAUCAAGUUGUUCUCCCAUGGCCUAAUUUAGAAAGCUUAUUGCUUGAAAGGAACAUGCUGCAAGGAUCACUCCCCAUUCCACAGCCAUCUAUCAAGUUUUAUAUAGUCCAAAGGAACUUGAUAAGAGAAAUGUCACCGUUGAUUUGCAAUUUGAGUUCACUUUAUGAGCUUGAUUUGUCCUAUAACAACUUGAGUGGCAAGCUUCAUCCAUGUUUAGGAAACUUCAGCUCUUUGUUUACACUUCAACUACGAAGAAACAACUUUCAUGGCACCAUCCCAAAAACAUGGGCAAUGGGGAGUAGCUUAAAGAUGAUUGACUUGAGUGAAAACCAAUUCCAAGGUCAACUACCAAGAUCAUUAGCUAAUUGCAUGAUGCUAGAGUACCUUCAUGUUGGUAAUAAUCAAAUCAAUGAUACAUUUCCCUUUUGGUUGGGAACUCUUUCUCAGUUGAAGGUCCUCAUCAUCCGUUCUAAUGCAUUUCAUGGUGCAAUAAAGAUUCCUGAAAUCAAUUAUACAUUCCCUGAGUUGCAUAUCAUUGAUCUGUCUCAUAAUAGUAUCUCUGGAAAUUUACCCGCCGAGUAUUUCCUGCAUUGGAUUGCCAUGAAAGUUGUUGGUCCACAUAACUCAUCAUACAUGGUGGGAGAGAUUCACAUAGACGGAUGGGGUGAUAAUGUUGAUUACACAGUGACAUUGGCAAACAAAGGCAGAAAGUUAGAUUAUGAAAAAAUACAAGAUGAGUUAAGGGUCAUUGAUUUCUCAUGCAAUCAAUUUGAAGGAGAAAUUCCAGAACUUGUGGGGAGUCUUAAAGGACUUCAUGUGCUAAAUCUUUCCAAUAAUGCUCUCAAUGGUCAUAUUCCAUCAUCCUUGGGGAACUUGGCACAUAUUGAAUCAAUGGACCUUUCCCAAAACAAGUUGCUUGGAGAGAUACCUCCACAACUUACACAACUCUUUUUCCUUGCGUCUUUUAAUGUCUCCAACAACUGUCUCACGGGACCUAUACCACAUGGAAGUCAAUUUGACACAUUUCAGAAUAAUUCAUUUGGAGGUAAUCCAGGAUUGUGUGGAAACCCAUUAUCAAAAAAAUGUGGAGAUUUCAACUACACUCAAAAUCCACCUUCUCCCUUUGAAAACAAUCGGAGCUCAGAGUCUCCAUUUGACUUUGGCUGGAAAGUAGUUGUUAUUGGGUAUGGAUGUGGAUUUGUAAUAGGAGUUGUUAUCGGGCAAACUGUGAUAGCAAGGAAAUAUGAUUGGUUUGUAAGGACUUUUGGAAAGAUGUAG